AUUUGCUUUUAUAAUUUUCUUUUUAUGGCAAACUACGACAGAGCGAUAACAGUAUUCUCACCAGACGGUCAGCUACUCCAAGUGCAAUAUGCCCAAGAGGCUGUGAGGCGAGGGUCAGCGGUUGUCGGCGUACGCGGUUCGAACAGCGUGGUACUCGCAGUGGAAAAGAGGAUAGUCCCAGCAUUACAAGUGGAAAGAACAGAAAAGAAGAUAGUGUUACUGGAUGACCAUAUUAUUCUGGGCUUCGCGGGAGUCAGAGCCGAUGCAAGAGUGCUUGUUUUGAGAUCACAAAUAGAGUGUCAAUCCCAUCGCCUCACGGUGGAAGAUUCAAUAACAGUGGAAUAUGUAUCCCGGUACAUCGCCAGUAUGAUGCAGCAGCACACGCAGAACAAUGGCAGAAGACCGUUUGGCGUUUCCUGUAUUAUUGCUGGGUUUGAUGCCGAUGGACCGCAUUUGUUCCAGACGGAACCUUCGGGGACUUUCUAUGAGUGGAAGGCCUGUUCAGCUGGAAGAGGAGAAAAGACUGUAAGAGAUUACUUAGAGAAGAACUACAGUAUUGAAAAAACAUCAACCGACCAUGGCACCAUCCAGUUGGCUGUCCGCUCGUUGGUUGAGUUGCAGAGUGGAGAGAAGGAAUUAGAGGUGGCAAUCUUAAAGAAGUCUUCGCCACUGGUCAUGUUGACAAAACAAGCCAUCCAAUCAUACGUCGCUGAAGCACAAAAUGAUAAAUCUUUAAAUACCUGAAAUUGCGCCAUCUAUAUUCACAUUUCAUUACUACAAUAACACUAGUUUACACGGUAUUGA